AUGUCUCGUCAAGACGUUAUGGACAAAUUUCGUCGUGCUAUCAAUGCAAGCAAAUCCCGGUUAAAGCCUGACUACCCUCGAGAAGGUCAGUUUCUUCUCGAUAGUGAGGAGCAGGCAUCUGCCUUUUGUCAACCCAAUCCAGAACAACACCAGGAAAGACAACCUACUCCUGCAUCAGAGGAACACGGAGCCGAUUGCGCUUCUUGCAGGGACUUGCAAACUGCCCUGCAGAUCGCACAGAAUCACAUACGCUUCAUCCAGGAGGAUAUCGAUCAUAUUGCUAGCGACAUCGGGGCGGUGGUGAAGGCAGUCGGGAAGUCUCGGAGAAAUCCUUCUACGGCGAACAAUGAGAAUGCUAUAGAGGAAGUAAAGCAUAUUGGCAAGAGGCUUAGGGACCUUCAAGAUGAUAUCAAGCACCGAACCAAGGAUACAACAAGACCAGAGUAG